AUGGCUGACUUGAAAGAGGUAAAUGCAAAUAUCAAUAAUCAUGCCAUCGAAAACCCUCCAUUUCUACUCAAUCUAAAAAUAUGUGGAAAUAAUUUACAUAACUAUCUGGUAGAUUUAGGCGCUUCUGGGAAUUUAAUGCUUUAUUCCAUAUGUCAAAAGCUUGGUCUCAACCUGAUGCGUGUGAAUAGAAAGAUGGUACAAUUAGACAAGACCGAGGUUAAUGUGAUUGAGGAGUUGAAAGAUGUGUAUAUUGAGUUGGGUGUUGAUCCGCACAUAUCCUAUUACAUUGACAUCCAAGUAGUUGACAUUCCAGAAGGUGUAAGUAACCAGAUAUGGAUUGACAAUGAACCCAAGUUGAAGAAAUUUACGGGUUAUGGGGCUCCGAAUGAGGUGGCCUAUGCUGAAUUAAGUCUAGGAGUUUAUAGUGUGAAUGAAAUUUUUACCUUCUCUGCACCUACAAUUCCUCAGUCUCAUCAAGAUGAUGCGGAUAAUGAGGAGGCUCAAUCUCCCUUGGAGCUUCAAGUAGAGAAAUCUACUUCCAUUAUGGUUGAAGUACUCCCAGUGCAUGUAAAUAAACAACCUCAGAUUCUAGAAGAUAUCAAGCAUGGGGAGAAACAACCACUUUCAGAAAGCAAUCUUCAGUCGUUGAUUGCUGAACCCAAGCUGAAAAAUAUAAAGAAAUUGAAGGAUGAAAUCUGGCUUCUAAAGUUUGAUGGAUAUACAUCCAAACAAGGUAGCGGGGCAGGAGUUGAAUUAACCAGUCCCAAAGGGAAGACCUUUCUAGCCUCUUAUCGACUCCAAUUCCCUUGCACCAACAAUAUGAUUGAAUAUGAAACCUUAGUUAGGGGACUCCUCUUUGCCCAUAAAAAGGGAGCUGAAUGCUUAAGAGUGCAAGGAGAUUCUGAAUUGGUGGUUAAGCAAAUAAGAAGUCAGUAUUCAUGA